UUAAAAGUAAUUAGUAAUUACUCUUCAGUCUUCAAAAGGAGUUCAAAGGACGCGGACGCCAAGAACGAAAUUAGAAUAACUAAAUAAAUUAUAAUAUACAUUGUUGAUUGAAAGAUUUAGGGAUGGUUUGGAACUCGAACAUGAACUCCAUAAUUAAUGAGACUCCUAUUCGUCCAUCUUCGAGAUUUUUACCAGGGCCAAAAAUGCCUACCUAUAAUGACGUCAUGGAAGAGUUCCGUAGCAAUGGGGUCGACUUACCAUAUGAACCUGAAAACGACUCACUUUUUAAAAUAGGCUUAACAGGCUUUGGUCCAGCUAGAGAGUACCUCACCCAAAGAUCGUGCCCAGAAGCUAAAAAUAUAUACCCGACUGCAGCCAACUACGGGAAUAUUUCUCCCCUAUCUUUUGAUUCGGGGAUUGGACAACCAAAUUCGCCCAUUCGUCAGUCGGAGGUUUCUUUUCCAAAUCAAACCUCAUUUGGGAUAAAUAUGGCCACACGUGCACAGGAAGCUUCAUACGGCCAAGAUUCACUAUUACCCGAUGAAACAGCUGUUGGUGUUCUGCAGAACUACCUGAAUGAGGAGCAGAUUCAGCUGCUUAACACGAUACCCUCGAAGGCUCUCUACUUCUUCAUAAACUACUAUAGGAAGAUUGCCCCGAAGAAUAAAAUUGUGAAGGAUAAGACAUGUCGCUUUUGCAAGAACAAUGGCGAGUGUGAGGCAGUGUACCGAAGUCACAGACUACGUACGGAAGGAAAGCUCUCGUGUCCCGUACUGCGACAUCUAGUGUGCGAGCGCUGUGGCGCAACUGGCGACGACGCGCACACCAUCAAGUACUGCAAAGCUACUACUCCUGAGGAACGCAAACACUACGAGUUGCUAAUGCACAACAGGCGCUUGACCUCAGUUACUCGCCCUUACGCACGGCCCUUAUCUAGGGAAUUAGACAGCGCCUUUAUGGAGGAGGUUGCAACUCGUUUCCCACUUGAGGGCUCUUAUCGCAAUGAGCUGCCCCCGCAGUGGUUGGAAUUGGAAAGGAAACUAUCUAUGCAGUAAUUAAAACCGCGCAACUCUAAAUUCGAAUCAAAACUGUCAAAAUCAUGUUCUUUGAUAGGUAUUUAAAUCUUACCGUAAGACCUUUUUUGUUAUCGUAGUUCGCGUAGUCUCUAAUAGAUGGCGCUCUGAACAAUUAUGUUCGAAAGUGAUUAUUAAUGUUUGACUUGAAUUAUUUGCAAAUUGACGAAUCUGAAAUAUAGUUAUAGCUAUCAAA